AUGGAAGACAAGUUUGAUGAAGGUCCGCGCAACUACAACGAUGAGUCAAGUGCCGUUGAGUUUGAUGAUCAAGACGAGGACGAAGAAAAAGAAGAAGGUAAAACUGACGACGACAUGGACUCGAGCGACGAUGACAACGAAGACACCAGGUCUUCAAAGAGCAACAUCAAGAGACACACGCGCACUCAAUCACUUGAGAAAGCUACCGUCAUUCCAAGUCCCAAGCAAAGAACGUACAGAGGUCCGUCGCUUGAGCAUGUGUCAGCGGCUGCAAUGGAUUUUGAAGCAGCCUACAUCGUUGAUUCAGUGGGGGAAACGCCGACUACAUUCAAGUCGGCGAUGGAAUCAAGCGACUCCGGCAAGUGGAAAGAAGCGUGUGACUCGGAGUUUGACUCGCUUCAGAGAAACGACACGUGGGAAAUCGUGCCUCUUCCGAAAGGUCGCAAGGCCAUCGGGUGCCGAUGGGUUUUUCGUGUAAAGGAGAAUCAAGAUGGCGAAGUUGAACGUUUCAAGGCAAGACUUGUGGCCAAAGGAUUCUCACAGAAAUUCGGAGUUGACUAUGAAGAAACUUUCGCACCGGUGGCCAAGUUCACAUCGAUUCGUGUGGUGCUCAGUAUGGCGGCCAAGUACGGCCUAAUGCUACAUCAGAUGGACGUCAAGACAGCGUUUCUUAACGGCUCCCUCAACGAAGACAUCUACAUGGACCAGCCGGACGGAUACCUGGAUGCAACACAGCCGGACUAUGUGUGCAAGCUAAAGAUAUCACUCUACGGCUUGAAGCAAUCGCCUCGCAUGUGGAACCAAACAAUCGAUGGGUUCAUGAUCAAGAUGGGAUUCAAGAAGUGCGAAUCGGACCACUGCAUCUACAUCAAGCGAGACGACCAAGACAUGAUUAUCGUGGUGCUCUACGUCGAUGAUCUCAUCCUGGCCAGCAGCAACAACGAACUCCUCAAGUCGACCAAGAUGGCGCUGAGCAAACGCUUCGAAAUGACGGAUCUCGGUGAGCUCGAUUACUUUCUUGGCAUGGAGAUCAAGAACGACCGUAAGACGGGAAUGGUGACUGUGCAACAAACCAUGUUUCUCAAGUCCGUGUUGACCAAGUUCGGAAUGGAUAACAGCAAGCCAGUGAAGACGCCUCAAGAUCCCGGCCUGAAGCUAACCAAGAACAUGUGUGAACAAGAAUGCAAGCACGAAGACACCAUGUGCAACGUGCCAUAUCGAAGUGCUGUCGGAGGCAUCAUGUAUCUCAUGGUCGCCACACGUCCGGAUCUAGCUGCUGCAGUGGGAUCAUUAUCCCAGUUCUCGUCCGACCCAUGCCCGACUCACUGGCAAGCUUUGAAGCGUGUGCUGAGAUACCUGCAAGCAACGCCCAAUCAUGGUCUUGAGUUUACACGUGAAGAAGGAAGCCGUAUCUGCGGGUACACCGACGCAGACUGGGCCGGCGACAUUGAGUCAAGCCGAAGUACAAGCGGCUAUGUGUUCAUGAUGAACGGAGGAUGCAUCAGCUGGAAAAGCCAGAAACAACGGACGGUCGCGCUAUCUUCAACAGAAGCAGAAUACAUGGCGCUUUCCGAAGCAACCAAAGAAGCAGUAUGGCUCAAGGUGCUUUUGGGGGAACUUGGUGAGAUGACAAGCGACGAAGCGAUCAAGAUGUAUGAAGACAACCAAGGAUCAAUCGCUCUCGCCAAGAACCCGGAGUUCCAUAAGAGAACAAAACACAUCGACAUACGCUACCAUUUUGUGCGUGAGAAGGUGGAAUCAGGUGAAGUCGUUUUGGAGUAUUGCCCGACUCAAGAUAUGCUGGCAGACAUGAUGACCAAGCCGAUCGCCGCUGUACAAUUUGAAAACAUUCGCGAUCGACUUGGGAUCCAAGGUGCCGCAGCUAACGAGUCGAGAGGGAGUGUUGAAAAGACAGCGGCUGUGAAGAAGACACCUCGUCAAGCUGCGUCAAGUGUUGAAGCAAGUGGAAGACCAAGCUUCGCUAUACCGGUGGGUACCGGUAUGUACCAGUAA